ACAUCCUUCACCUCCUGACAAAUACUUCAAGGAUCCUACGUGUGGAAAUGGAGAACUGGAACGGAACAAGCGGAUUUGCCCAGUACUCAAAUUUCCAGGUGGCAAACGAAGAUCUGAAUUAUAAAAUUCUUGUAAAUGGGUUCUCCGGAAACGUUUCCUAUGACGCCAUGGACAACGAUAACGGCUAUUUCUUUAGCACAUACGACAGAGACAAUGAUGCAGAUCUAGCUGAAAGCUGUGCCGAGACUCGCCAUAGUGGUUGGUGGCACAAAAAAUGUACUCGUGCCAACCUGAACGGCAAAUACCAGUUCGGAUGGGGAAAAGAGGAAAGGAAUAUAUUGGGUGCACUUUCCUGAUGACCAAGUGUAUUAUUCCUCGUUGAAGAUGACCAUGAUGAUGAUUCGAUAAACAUGCUUUUAUCAGGUUCUGGCUCAAUGGUUUCGUCUUAUCGGGUAUUACUCAUCAUGCCAUUUUGUUUGUGCUCAGAUAAAAAUUGUCUCUAUUUAUACAAUAUAUUUUAAACAUUCAUCCGCGAUGUGGCAGAAUACGCAAUGUGGUUUUAAACUGUGCAGAAGCAGAAUUAUAGCUUAUUAUUGCUCAAAAUGUGUGAAAAGGCUCAUAUCUAAUGUCCGUGAUACAUACCAGGAGUAGAAUAUUUCAACAAAUCUACCAGAAGCUAGGAUAAUAAACGGUAAAACUCUUACAAUGACCUCAAAUGAGCUUCGUUUUCCUCAAUGAUUUACCAAGGAACUCGUAGAGGGAAUACCUCUAAAUCUCAGUUUGUUACCGUAGUAAAUGUUUCGGAAAAAAGGAUCACGAUAUUAUCGAAACAGAUGUAUGAACCAUUAGUAUGUCUCGAUCCUAACUGAUUGAUGGUGCUACAAAAACUGCUUGGGCCCUGUCAGUAAAUCAUCGGAAGCUGAUGCAACGAAACGGGAAUGAGGUUUGCCCUUCCCAUGAGAGCUGAUACAACGACCCGUCUUACGACCCGUAAAACGGUGUAUGGCUGGAUCCAUACGGAGGAUCACAAUCAGUGUGCUUUGUAGCAUGUUUUACCGGGUUUAGAGGGCAUACCAUAAACAUGCAAGUAGAUACUUAAAGGUCCUUGAAACAUAUUAUUUCACUUUAUGUUAUUAGUACUGUCACCAUCCCCUCAAUCACUCAUUUAUAGUUCAAAUAAUAUGACAUACAGUUGUUCAUGUAAAAGUGGAGAGUAUAAAGUCACCUAACAUCUCAGGCCAGUGGGAGUUUCCCUUUAGCCUAGCGGUAGGAUGUUUGCCUUGACAGCGAAAGAUCGAAUUAUAACAAAUUAAAAUAAAAAGGUUUCCCUACCUGAAAAGCCAUGCUCACUUACAUAUAAGAGCACAACGGUACUCGAAGGACAGUAACUCUCAUGUUUACAGUGAAAGGGGAAACCCAACAUGGGGAACAUUCACCUUUUAUAACAUCUAAUCCUUCGCCUUUCUAUUCAAGACAGCAGUUAUUGGCAAUUUCAAAUCUCAAGACUUCUCGUAUAUAGAAAGUACUUAUGCAUGUGCUAAUAACAAAGUGUGACAGGUCGGCUCGUGUGUUAAAACACGUGAUAAAUCUAGUAAUAGUCGAUAUUUUGUAUUUAUUAAGCGGUAUUCUGAUGCAGGAUCGGCAUGAACUUAAACAAAUCAAGAUGACACAUCACUUAGGUUUAUGGUUACUCCUAAAACACAAUAACAAAAUUACCUUUAGGUACAAACACUGACUUUAUUGCCAUUUUUGUACAUUUCACAUAACAUUAUGCACAUGAAAAAAUGAGUACAACGCCGUACAAUCGGGUCCGGAUAAACAAGCAACUUAUCUAUAUAGUAAACAAAUAAUACCCGAAUGAACAUGAAAACAUUUGAGAUUAACAGCACUUUAUUAUAAUUAUUUGUUCAAUUUUAUCAAUUUUUUUUUUUUUAAUAUGCAAUUAAAUGAAUGGGGCAAAAAUACAACAUAAAGACAGUGAAACUAAACCUGAAAGUCGAAAGUCACAGUGUCUACGAUAUUAAUCUGAAAAAUAUGUCUAGUUUUCAGGCAAAUGUCUCUCAUUGACAAGUUGAAUAAAUGAUUUAAAAACAA